UGUUUGGUAGAUUUGUAUGUGAUGAAUAUAUAUUGUAACUAAGAAUCUGAGUAAAAUUUAUGUUUUGGUUCAGACUCCCUGGCCUUUGAGUAAAAGGCUUAAAUUUUUGCUAAUCUCUGCUCAACACUAGUCAUUGUUGGGUAAUUGAAUCCCAGAUGAUUGAGUUGCCCUCAUUUGUGCUGAAAAGAAUUCCUUAUAAACUGUCAGUUUUAGUAUGUUAUUUGAAGGAAUGAUUUUGGAUAUAUUGGUUCUUCUAAAUAACUGGUGAUGUGAAAGUUUUUACUUUGCUAAAUUUUAAACUUCUUUUUCUUUUAGAACAAAUUCUGUACAACAUAAAACAAGAGUAUAAACGUAUGCAGAAGAGAAGACAUUUAGAAACUAGUUUCCAGCAGACAGAUCCAGGUUGUAGUUCUGAUGCACAGCCAAAUGUAUUUCUCCUCAAUGGACCAGCUUCACCAGGGACUUCAUCUGCAGCAUCUUCACCAUUAAAAAAAGAACAGCCCUUAUUUACUCUACGGCAGGUUGGUAUGAUCUGUGAACGUUUGUUGAAAGAACGUGAAGAGAAAGUUCGAGAAGAGUAUGAAGAAAUACUGAACACAAAACUUGCAGAACAAUAUGAUGCAUUUGUGAAGUUUACGCACGAUCAGAUAAUGCGACGAUACGGGGAACAGCCUGCUAGUUAUGUGUCAUGAAUCACGCCACUGCAAUUGUGGGCUGCCUUGUUCCUUGUUGGUUGUUGCAGGAGGUCCUGAUUAUGACAUGCAGCAAUGGCAAUAUACCCCUGUGAAUACAGGUUUCUUCAAGCUUUCGUCAGUGGCAACCACUCUUAGGCAGCAGCAACUGGUUUUGGAAAUUUCCCUGAUGUCAGUACCACCUGGAUGUGGACCUUUGCUACCUGUAUUAAUACCAGUGGCCUCAUUUUGCUGUAUCAUUACAAUUGGCUUCUUAUAGUAAUGUGUUUGAAAAGGAUUAAAGCUGGUAUUCUAGAACAUGCCCUUCACUGGUUGUGUAAAUAAAACUGUAGAAUGGCACUUGAGAUGAAGUUAGUGUGAUUUUAAUUGUGCACUACAACCAAGCUGUAACCAGUUAUUAAUAAUUUAGAAUGUAAUCUGAAGACAAUAUAUUAAGCAAAUAGCCUACAGUGCUUCCUAUGAAAUUGUGAAGGAGGGCAUUUCUGUAUUCCAGGACUUUCUGGGGUUUCAAAAUGGGUUUAUAUGAUUUUUUUUGGUAGUUUUAUUUAUUCUAUCAGUCUUUUAAACAAAUGUUUAUUGCUGCAUCUCCUCCCCUUACCCCCAAGUGUAUCAUUGUUUUACUGCCCUUGUAGUACUGGAAUUUAGUUGGAAGAAUAAAACAUUUACUUCUGU